AUGGGCCAAACACUAUCCGAACCAAUCACCGAAAAGGAAUCGGAAGAAGGAGGGAGCCAAAGAGUUAUAUACGCUGCAUCUGCCAUGCAAGGGUGGCGCAUUAGCAUGGAAGAUGCCCAUAUUACUAUUGCAGAGGAUGGAGAUACCCAGGCCAGUCUUUUUGCUGUUUUUGAUGGUCACGGGGGUGAAAAAACAGCCAAAUACAGUAAAGAUCACUUGCCCAAUCUUUUACUAAAGUCAGAAGCCUUUAAACAAGGACAUUUCCGUGAGGCACUUAAGCAAAGUUUUCUAGGCAUAGAUGAAGCUCUUAGAGAAGAUCCAUUGUAUGUAAAUGAACCUUCUGGCUGUACUGCGGUUGUAGCUCUCUUGACCAAGCAAAACAUUCUAUUUGUGAGUAAUGCAGGAGAUUCUCGAGCUGUUCUGUGUACAGGCGGUCGAGCCAUUGCCUUGUCUCAAGAUCAUAAACCCACCAAUAAAAAAGAAACGGAAAGAAUUGAAAAGGCUGGUGGUUUUGUCAGGUUGGCUAGAGUGAACGGAAAAUUGGCACUCUCGAGAGCACUCGGUGACUUUGAGUACAAAAUGGGCAACCUUCCGCCUGAGCAGCAGAUUGUCACCGCUUUCCCUGACGUUGUCGAACAUACUCUUAAUGAGAAAGACGAAUUUCUGAUUUUAGCUUGUGAUGGUAUCUGGGAUUGUAUGACCAAUCCUGAAGUUGUAAAUUUUGUGCAGCAUCAUCUGGGUAACAAGGAAUCUCUGAAAAAUAUCUGUGAGCUAUUGAUGGGUAAAUGUCUUGCAAAAACAAAAGGGCAAGUUCUCGGACAAGACAAUAUGACGGUUAUUUUGGUGGCUUUUUUGAACGAAACCCCUGAAAGAUGGUAUGAGUUAAUGGCAGAAAAAUACAAGGACACCAAAUUACCAGAAGCGUCAUACCCAACGGCGACAUUAAACAAACGAAGUAUCCAUGAAAAAAAUGUAUCUUCAGAAUCAAAUAAUAAUGGAGAUUCGAACAAGGUUGUACUAUACAACGAUGGUGGGACUCCACAAGAAGUAGACAAUGAGGAUAUAUCCCUCAAUUAAACAAAACCUAACUGAGGGUGGUAUUAGAGAGAUUGACUGAAUAUAUAUACAUAUAGUGAUAAGAAAAAAGAGGAAAGAGGAAAAUAAAGUUGAUUUAAAAUGU